AGUGGGCAAAAUAUUUUGAGGUGGAGUAGGCGAGGACCACGAGUGUGUCGCCAUCAUCAAAACAUUGUGUGGCAGAGAAGUUCCCGUGACCAGGACUUUACCUGUGGUUUUUUUUCAGUUUUCCUGUGAUUGAAUACUAUCGUAUGGACCAGUGAGAAACAUUCCUUAUAGUUAUGCCUCCAAAAAACAGAAAAGUAGCCGUAAUGGGCUACAGAAGUGUUGGAAAAUCUUCUUUGUGCAUCCAGUUUGUGGAUGGCCAGUUUGUGGACAGUUAUGAUCCAACUAUCGAGAAUACAUUUACAAAGAAACUAAAAGUGAGAGGACAAGAAUAUGGCCUGGAACUUGUAGAUACAGCUGGACAAGAUGAAUACAGCAUCUUUCCUGCACAGUACUCCAUGGAUAUCCACGGUUAUGUUUUGGUCUACUCCAUUACAUCAGAGAAAUCAUUUGAAGUGGCUCAAGUCAUAUAUGAUAAAAUUCUUGAUAUGAUGGGGAAAGUUACCGUUCCUGUAGUUUUAGUGGGAAACAAGAAUGAUCUACACAUGGAACGUGUUGUGAGCACUGAUCAAGCACGCAAGGUUGCAGACACUUGGAAAGCUGUGUUUCUUGAAACCAGUGCCAAGCAGCAUGAGGCUGUAAGUGACAUCUUCACAAGAGUCAUCCUCGAGAUUGAGAAGGCUGAUGGAAACUCAAGUCCGGAAGGCAAAUGUUUUAUUUCAUGAAGUCGCUGUGAUAUAGGAUGGAUUUUGUAAUGCCAUCUCUAUCAUCUUUACUCCUGAUUUGGACUUUGAGGAAAGGACUUUGUAUAAGGGUUAAUCUGUUUAUGAUGAUUAACCAAGCCCAAUUUUCAUUGUAUUUUUUUGUUGGACCUAUUGUUUAUGGCCUUGCCCAUGUGUCAGUGUGAGCCAUCCUACUAGUUACCAUAUAGUUUUCCCCUUGUUCUUUGUAGUCUUACCAGAAGGAAUCUUUUUGGGUAUAGUAGGUAUGGCUUAUAAUUCAAGGCUCAGGUAUAAUGGGGUGGUUGAAACUCCUGCUGAUUCACUGCCUCCCAUAAUGGCUGCAGACAUUUCAUCUAGGUCUUCCUUUUUUCUCAAAAGUUUAUGGGAUUGUAUUAUUCAGAAAUGGGAAAAGAGUAAAGGUGAAAAGUAUGGGAUUUAUAAAUUGCAAUUUCCCUUUUUUUUUAUAAACAGGAGCACAUAAUAUUAUUGUUAGUGACAUAAGUAUUACAGUUGCAUUUGAAAAAGAUUUUGAUAAUUAAAUUUAUUUUUGGAAUUUUCUCCAGCAUGGUUGUUGUCACAAAUAGCAAAGUUUUGAUGGUAAAUUGACUGGACUAAUUAAGAUAUAACUAAAAAUGCCUUUUGGGGGGGGGGGGGAAUGCUAAGUAAAAAUCCCAUUCUCAUUUUGCAGAAAAGUUGACCUGUGUGAAGAAAUGGUUUAUGUUAUCACCAUUUCAGCACCAUUUCUAAAUAAGGUAUUCUUAAGGAACUGAUGAGAGUAUGGGAUUGUGUAAACAAAAUAUUUGGUAAUAUAGCUAGUUAAACAGACUUUUCAUAGAUAAUGCAAUAAAGUUUAUAGACAAAG